AUGCCCCGGAGGACGCUGGGCGGAGGUCGUGUUCUUGGCCCCGCGAACGCUCGUUCUCCAUCGGCUUUAACCCCGUCUCCGCAACCCAAUAACCCAAGAAUCCUAACCUUAUCGCCUUCCGCGAGCAGCAUCUCCCUCAAUUCCCAAGCUUCCACUUCUCAGUUCUCGUCCGAAGCUCAGGACCUUACGUCGCGCAUCUCUCUAGAAAAUGGUUCCGCCUCCAUACCUGCCGCUCCGGCAGCCGCCGGAGCUCAGCUGGCCUGUCCGAUCUGCAGUGAGGAGAUGGUGACAUUACUACAGCUGAAUAGACACCUCGAUGACAUUCAUCAAAACCUCGAAGACGAUCGGCAGGAUGAGGUCAAGGACUGGUUUAAGACUCAGAUGGAUAAGGCAAAGCGCUUCCAACCGCUUGCCGUUUUGAAUCAGAAGCUCAAAGGCCUGGAUGUGUUCGAAUCAAACGAGAAUCUGCAGUUGUUUACAGGCCCCAGCAGGCCUUCUGGGCCGGUGAUGAUGCAGCCUCCGGAACAUGCAAGAGCACAGGAUUCCGAUGACAUUAUAAGGAAAGAUCACUGGCAGGCUCGGACGCUGUAUGACGUAUGUCUGGAACCUUCAUGCGGCAAGCGGCUCAAUGCCACCAACGGCUGUGUCAACUGUCGGAAAUGCGGAAAGCUAUUUUGUGAGGACCAUACCAUGUACCAGAUGAAGCUAUCCAGGUCGGCUCAGUAUGAGCCGGUCAGGGGGCUAUGGUGCAGAGUAUGUGAGACAUGUUAUAAAUCAAGGGAGGGGUAUAAUGAUCAUAACGGUCUGGUACGAGACCGCAUGGCUGAGUUCAAGGCAGUGAGAAAAGCUACUGUCGAUAAAGCACUGUUGGAAGUGUCUCGCUUGGAGAAGCGCUUGACACGGCUUACCCAGCUUUUGGCCAGCUUGCCCGUGGAGCAGAUUCAGUCGAACGCGAACAAAUUGUGGACAAUGUCAUGGCAGGGUGAUCAGCGGAAAGCCCUUGAGCAAACUGUAGUCAGCUGGCAGGAUGACUCCAGUGUCUCCCGGUGUCCGUUCUGUCAGCAGGAUUUCACCAGCUACUCGUUCCGGAGACAUCACUGCAGGACUUGCGGGCAAGUCGUAUGUGGUGAUCCGGCAACUGCAUGCUCUACUGAGGUCCCCUUGAGUAUUUCACCACUUGCAGAGGCAUCGACUGAGAAGUCGGUUCGCGCGGGCGUGAUCAAUGUCGAUGUCAGGCUUUGUAAGGACUGCCGGUCAACCUUGUUUGACCGACGAGACUUCGAGGCCGACGUUAUGCGAAAGCCCCCAGCUGUGCGGGCAUAUGAAAACCUUACUCAAUUCGAAAGGGGCAUACGACUCCUUCUGCCUAAGUUUCAAAGGAUACUGGGGGCUUUACAAGAUCCCAGACGACCUCCAUCAUCUGCACAGAUUGCAGAAGCUUCGAAAGUGCGCAAGCGAUUAACAGACUCUUUUGCCCAAUACAAUGUUGCGGCCCGGAGAAUUCGUGAUAUACAGACAGACUCCCCAUCCCAGGAGCGUCUCCAGAAGGCGAUAUACCAGCAAGCCAGCAAUUUCCUCCACCUUCACAUGCUCCCUCUGAAAUCUUUGCCGAAAGUACUCAAACACGCGUCUCCCAACGGACGACAUCCUAGCAGCACAAGCUCUCCUGAUAGCCCUAGCCCUAGCAACGGCGCAACUGGUGGUCCCCGAAAAGGAUCGGCUCUCGCAUCGAUCAAAUACGGCAGUAUUGCAGCGAGUGGUAGCAACAGCAGUCUAGCUAGUGAUGCUAGUAGCGCCAUUUCUGCCUUAGAGGCAGAGGAAAAGUCCCUCCGGGAUCGGCUCAUUGUGCUCGAGGAGCAGAAAUUCUUUGUGUCCGAGAUGGUCGCAGAUGCGAACCGACGUCGCAAGUUCGACGAGGUCAGUAGUCUCGCCAUGAACAUUGAGGAUCUGACGCGAGAGAUCGAUCGGGUCAAUGGAAUAUUGGACGGCCUGGACUUCGAGGGUGUCUACACCGGCAAUCAUCAGUGA